AUUUGUCUCUCAAAUACAACGGGUUCUUUGUACUUGCUCUAUUGGUGUGUUGACCCUUCGACAAUAAAAUAGACUUGGGACAGUCAUUUGCCGGGGUGAUAAGAUGUGUAUAACUAAGCUCAUUGGUCUAUCCGUGCUAACACUAAUGGCGAAGUAACGACCGCUAGCUGCAUAUGUGAGUGUGUGGUUAGCUUCUAGCCCAUCUCUAAAAUAAACCCAGUUAUGCAUUGCUAGAACGCUGCUUUUUAUAGUGGCGGUCAAUAAUAACUUCCAAGGCAACGUGAUUGGGGUUAAUGAUCGCAGUCGUAACGUAAGCAUCAUUGACAUAGUUUAUCGUUCACAGAAACCCUGUUUGCGCUGGUUGCUUGGGUGGUUAUCGAUGUCGCAAAUACACACGAUUGGCAUUGUACCGUAGUGAAUAUAUUCACAUUUCUAGUUUUCUGGUGUCACCUCAAGUCUUCACUCGAGCAGGCGCGUUCUCAGUGGGACACGUUAAGGACGCGGUGGACGGAUGAUGACCUUUCACCUAGUCUACCGCUGUGCUGGUCAGCUAACCGGCCCUUGGCCUGUGUGGCUGUAGAUCUCUGUCCUCGCUAGCUGAGCUACCAGAGAUGCAUCAGAUGAUGAGACAGACCUGUAGAGACUAUGCAGACAGAGAACUGGCUCCUAUUGCUGGCAAAUUAGACAAGGAGCACCUCUUUCCCGCCCAACAGGUGCGAGAGCUGGGUGCUAUGGGGGUGAUGGCUGUAGAGGUUCCUGAGGCGCUGGGAGGAGCAGGUAUGGACUACCUGGCCUACUCUCUGGCCGUGGAGGAGAUCAGUAGGGGAUGUGGCAGCACUGGAUGUGUGGUCUCGGUCAACAACUCUUUGUACAUAGGGCCGAUAUUGAAGUUUGGAACACCGGGGCAGAAGGAUCAGUGGAUCACCCCUUUCACAACCGGAGAGAAAGUUGGCUGCUUCGCUCUGAGUGAACCAGGUAAUGGUAGUGAUGCAGGGGCAGCGUCUACAUUAGCCAGACAGGAGGGAGAGGAGUGGGUACUGAACGGGACUAAAGCCUGGAUCAGCAACUGCUGGGAUGCCUCAGCUACUGUCGUAUUCGCUACCACCGACAAGUCACUCAAACACAAGGGUAUCAGUGCAUUCCUGGUGCCCAUGCCUCACCCUGGCCUUUCCCUGGGGAAGAAGGAGGACAAGCUGGGCAUCAGAGCAAACUCCACGGCCAACCUCAUCCUGGAGGACUGUAGGAUACCCCUGGGCAACAUGCUGGGGCCACGAGGGUCUGGCUUCAAGAUAGCCAUGCAAACCCUGGACGGUGGGCGUAUAGGCAUAGCAUCCCAGGCUCUGGGCAUUGCUCAGGCGGCUCUGGACUGUGCUGUGGACUACGCUCACAAACGCACCGCCUUCGGAGCUCCCAUUGGCAAGCUGCAGGCCGUACAGUUCAAGCUGGCGGACAUGGCUGUAGCUGUUGAAAGUGCUCGUCUCCUCACCUGGAAGGCUGCAAUGCUAAAAGAUGCCAAGAAACCUUUCACCAAGGAAGCAGCGAUGGCCAAACUAUCAGCGUCGGAGGCCGCUACCUUCUGCGGCCAUCAGUCGAUCCAGGUUCUUGGGGGAAUGGGUUACGUGACGGACAUGCCAGCAGAGAGGCACUACCGCGACGCGCGAAUCACUGAGAUCUACGAGGGCACCAGUGAGAUCCAGAGACUGGUGAUAGCCAGCCAGCUGCUGAAGGAGUAUGUACCAUAGAGACUCCAUCAACAUGGAGAUAAAUAUCAACCUUUCUGCCUUAACUUCAUAAUAUUAUCUGCUUUGAACUGAUGGUGUCUGCUAAUACAAGCUAGUAGACUCGCAAUUCUCACCGGGACCCUGUCGGUGUGAGGUGCAGUGCCUACUAGAGCCACAGGAGGGGAGUGUAGAGUUUGGACUGCCCUGUCCUGCCGUCACCUGCACUUCAAACGACGAGGGAAAUCACAACAACAACGUUUGAACACGUGUAACAUCCCUCCUUAUUCUCUGCCGUGUAAAUAUUCACUGAUCUAAAAGUUCUGUAGUCAUAAAACAAGGACUCCACGGCAUACUGUAGUUGGCUAACGUCGUACCCAGGCUAGGCUGGUGGAUGAGACUAGUAGUUAGCCUCCGCCAUGUUGGAAUCAGGGGGGGGUAGAGAUGCAUUUUGAAGUAAUAAACAGGGUCACACACACACCUUAGUGUUCCUGUCGGUGCCUGGUCUGAUGCUGCUCUCCAGGCUGCACAGAACCAAACAUAUUUUUUUUUUUUUAUGGAACUGCGACGACUGGGAAGUAGUUUAAUGGUUUAACACGUUUUUUUUGUCUUUAUGACCGUCAGUUUUUAGGGUUAAUGAAUUAAUCUCAGUUUUGAUAUAAAGAGUGAUCUGUUCAGAUGAAACUGUAAAUGCCACAGCUGGAGAACCUGUUUCUGUCUGAGUUUCAAAGAUGAAAAUGAUAUGUUUUACGAUGAUGCCCUACACAGCCCAAGCUUGUGCCUCAACAUAAACGGCUGUUGUUCAUAUUUUAUCAUAAUUGAUGGUACAUGAUGAAAUAAAAAACAUAUUUUCAUGUUAAA